AAGGAAAAGAGCAGCGUUGCUUGUACGCGGGCGUGGCUAGGAGUGGUGGGCGGAGCUAGGUGGUUUCUGAUGCCUGGCCGGAGAGGUAGAAGCUCUAGGCGGUUGGAAUCUCUGUGAGGUCCGUGUUGGUGAGGUGUGUGCUGGGGCACAUGGUGCCAGGCUCCGGGGCGCGCUUUCUCUACCCAGCUCCGCUGCCUGUCUCAGAUGGAUUUUCCUCCUAUGAAGUAGUGAGCUGGAUUGUAUAAGGUCAGCCAAACCCAAGUGUUGGAAGAGUUGAUGUGGCAAAGGAUCAACACUAUUAGAAGAUGACAACGGAAGAGGUGAUUGUAGUGGCCAAGUUUGAUUAUGUGGCUCAGCAGGAUCAAGAAUUAGACAUAAAGAAGAAUGAGCGUCUUUGGCUUCUGGAUGACUCAAAAUCCUGGUGGCGCGUCCGCAACUCUAUGAACAAAACAGGAUUUGUGCCUUCAAACUAUGUGGAAAGGAAAAACAGUGCACGGAAAGCCUCCAUUGUUAAAAAUCUGAAGGACACUUUGGGUAUUGGAAAAGUAAAACGUAAACCAAGCAUGCCCGACUCUGCUUCCACAGCAGAUGAUAGUUUACCCGAUGCCGAACGGUUGUAUGAUCUGAACAUGCCAGCUUAUGUUAAAUUUACCUACACUGCAGAGAGGGAUGAUGAGCUUUCCCUGGUGAAAGGCACCAAGGUCAUUGUUAUGGAAAAGUGCAGUGAUGGCUGGUGGCGGGGGAGCUACAAUGGACGUGUAGGAUGGUUUCCUUCAAACUACGUUACAGAAGAGAAUGACAGCCCUUCCGGAGACCAAGUUGGCACAUUGACUGAGAAACUGGCUGCUGUUGUCAACAAUCUUAACAAUGGGCGAUCACUUCAUGUAGUUCAGGCUUUGUACCCAUUUAGUUCCUCUAAUGAGGAAGAGCUCAACUUUGAGAAAGGAGAAGUCAUGGAUGUGAUAGAGAAGCCAGAAAAUGACCCAGAGUGGUGGAAAUGUCGGAAGAGUAAUGGCCUUGUGGGUUUGGUACCAAAGAACUAUGUUACUAUAAUGCAAAACUUUCAGCCCACUCCAAGUUUUGAGCCUUUACCCCCACGUUGUGACUACAUAGGACCUUCUGCAUCUGGAAGGUUUGCUGGGAAUCAGUGGUAUUAUGGGAAGGUGACGAGGCAUCAAGCAGAAAUGGCUCUCAACGAACGAGGAAAUGAAGGAGAUUUCCUUAUCCGGGACAGUGAAUCUUCACCAAAUGACUUUUCCGUUUCACUGAAAGCCCAAGGCAAAAAUAAGCAUUUCAAAGUGCAGAUGAAAGACUGUAUGUACUGCAUUGGCCAGCGCAAGUUUUCCACCAUGGAAGAAUUGGUAGAACAUUACAAAAAGGCCCCAAUUUUUACCAGUGAGCAGGGGGAAAAACUCUAUCUAAUCAAGCCCCUGUCAUGAGGAUGCAGCAGGACAGAAGGACUUCCAGCCAACCAACCCAAUUGUGGUGCAUUCUCUGAAAUACCUAAAGAUAUAUGGGACAGAAGUCAGUGAAAGGACCAAAGGCUUCCCCGGGCCCAACUGUUACGAGCACCUCCUAUAUUCUUACCUGCCAUGUGAUAUUACACCAUUAUGAAUUGGAUUAUACCUUAUUACUGAUUGUUUUCUCACUCUUUUUACCCUGUUACUGCAACAUUAUACAGACUGGUUGCCGAAUUGUAUAACUUUCUCUGCACUUGGAGAUAUGGCUGUAAUUUACCCAGGCCGAGCCCUUCACCAUGAUACAUUUCUACAUAUCACUUAUCUACAAGCUGCUUUAUGUGUUUAUUUGUUGUUCUUUAAUCUCUCUUGAACGUUUCAUUCAGCCUGGACAGUGGGUGGGAUUUUUUUUUUUAAUGCUUCUUCAUGAUAUUUCAUAUUUAUUUGUUUACAAACCACGAUCAUCUUUUAGGUAUAUUAAUGGUUGAGAUGGUUUUUAAUGUGUCGACGUCCAGGUCUUGCUAGGUAUUAGUGUGUGUGCACAUAAGUGCAAGCUUUAAGGCCAAGAACAGUUAUUAUAGGUGCUUCUUCUGUAGUGCCUGACAUGUUCUAUAAAGCAAAAAGAUCUUCAUACAUUGGUUGCUCUGCUGUACAGUAUUCUCAGUCGGGGGUUGUCCAUCUUGAAGAGACCAAGGGAAGAGGAUAUACGGCACGAUUAGAAAGUGGGUUUAUCCUGCAUCCCACCAUCUGAUGCUGACCCGCAAGCCCCCAGCACUCCCCUAUAUCCUUUAUUCCAUCAAGAAGAUUUGGGGGAGCACUGGCUGAACAUCCCUGGCAAAGAACAAUCUUAUAUAACAAUGAUACAGAUGAAUAAUCACCUGUUCCUAUACCAAGGGUAUUAGCUGGCCAAGAGUCUCCCGAGGCUAAAGGUUAUAUGCCCUCCCUAGCUGGAAGGCCUUGAUUUUUACCCCCUUUUUUUAUAUUAUUAAUAUCUGCAUUUUAAUGAAGUAAAAAAAUAAAUAAAAGGAAGGGGUCGGGGGUUGGGGGGCUUUUAUUGCAUGAGUGACACUUCAGGGAUACUGACCCAAUUCGUUUUUUUUAUUUUUUUUAAAGAAUACCAUGUCUGUAUCACUUUAAAAGAAUCCAGGGUUCUGUUGUUAAAAUCUAGUCCAAAUCCUUUGGGCAGUCUCUGGUAUCGCACACAUUUUCUGGUGAGCAAAUACCUGCUGGUUUCUCCAAACCGAGCCCUUGGGGAAGCAAAUCCCCUGGCCACCAAGGACAGCUGUGUGGCACUUUUUUUUUUUUUUUUUUUACUGCAGUGAGGGUCCCAGGUAGAAAACCUGUAGCCAAAAUAUCCAAAUAGCCUAUUAAUCACUUAUUACAGCACGAGAAACACUGUUCAUAUGGGAGAAGCUGGUGGUGAUCGCCCUGUGUGAUCAGUUUGCCCCUUGUGGAUCUCCGAGCGCACAAUGGCGAUCAAAAUACCGUGUGUGCCAUAAAAUGUAGACUUUUGUCGCAGACACUUCUAGACAUCUUUAUUAAUGUACUGUGCCAAUUACCUGGGUGGGUCAAUGAGCUGCAGCACCUGUAUGUAAGCUAUAGACUUAUUCUGAUUUACCUUUUCUGUUUUUUCUAUUGUUUUUUGUUUUUUUAAUUCAAGCUUUACUUUUUUUCAUUUAGCCCUUUAAGUGCUGGAUCAUUUUGAUACAUGUUUGGCAGUAACAUAGAUCAAAGUGCAAACCAGGACCGUAGAAUUCAUAAUGCUGGCACCUUGGUGCUUUUUAUACCAGCACCGCAGGAUUUUAUGGUCCCUGGCUCCUAAAGGGUUAGUGUAAAGAAUGUAUUUCAAGAGGGUUAAAGGCAACACAAUGAGUUAACUGUGAUCAUCAUGGGCUGUAGUGUAGCAGCUGUGUUCUAUGUCUGUCUUGCCAAAAACAGAAAUGAGAUCCACUUAAUAAAUGUGGCUAUGCUGGGUAUAUUGCUUGGCCCCUAGCUCGGCAGGAUUCAAAGGGCAAGUUCAGCUUAAAAUUCCAGUUUAGUGCUCUGUUGUAAGGGGCACAUUCCUUUUCAUUUCUUUUAAAACAGUAAUUUGGUUCUUUGUUGGGCAGCUUUGCAGUCCAGUUGUUUAGGCUCUUGUUGCCCCUUCUAAAUCUGGCACUAAGAUCAAUUUAGAGCAGGGGUCCUCAAACUCCUCUGCCUAGUGCAUAACCUCGUAAUGCGGUGACGCAGUGGGGCAGAGGAGAAUGCAGACGCAGGAACAGCCAGUCAAAUUAUAUAGAUCAUAUGUGCUGCAGUGUUUUAGCUCUUUCUUUGGCUGUUCCUCAUGCACUAUAAUUAAUAAUUAGAAUCAAGUUCAAAAUAGCUGGGUACCUGAACUGCCACAUAGAAUGCUGCCACAUAGAAUGCUGCCACAUCCCAAUGCUCCCCCCCCCAAUACUUACCACCCCCCACUGGCUCUCAGGUAGGAGAGCAGUAUUUAUUUGUGAGUGGGUGGGGCCCUUCCGAAGAUUUUUUUUUUGUGGCUUGGCCCAGCGCUGAGUUUAUAGGGGCCAUUGCCAGUGGUAUUCAGGCCCGGGGGAAAAAAAAAACUAUCGUUUUUUCCAAACUAUAGUCUGGCCCCCCAACAGUCUGAGGGACUAUGAACUUGCCCCCUGUUUAAAAUGUUUGAGGACCCCUGAUAUAGAGAGUAAAAAAAGCAAAUACAAAAAAGCAAAGCAAAAACAUAAAAUAAAGAAAACCGCCAAUCAAUGACUACAUCUUAACAAAAUGACUUGUAACAUAAACAUCCCCUUAAAAUAUCUUCCUUAUUGGAGCCACUGAGCUUCCAUAUUGUGUUGGCAUCACACUUCUAGAAUUCUGGGUAUAAGCUAAAUUAGUAUUAUUUAUACAGAUGUUCCCUGUAGUAUGUCG